AUGGGCGUGGCAUGCUCUGCCUUUGUCCAAGACAAAGUGGAGGAUGUGGAAACUUGCUCGAUCAAGAGCGCAGGAGUAGGCCUGGAGUCCGAGCCACUUUGGAAGCAGAUGGCACAAGCCCAGAUUGAGUCACAGAAGGCUGCAGAGGCGGUACGUCCAGAAGUGCAAAGGCUUCUUGCAGAGCGUGCAGCUGCACGACAAGCUGCAGUAAAGCAAGCCGAAGCCGAUCGUAAAGCUGCAGAGGCCAAGUUGAAGGAACUGGAGAGACUUCAACGGGAGAAGGACGGGGAUGAGGCAGCGGCCAAGAAAGAACAAGAGGAGACCAAGAAGGCUGCUCAGGUGCCAAGCAGCAAAGCAAAGCCCAAGGCGAAAGCUCAAGGUUCUUCCUCGAAGCCUGCAGCUCCGAGUCGGCCUGCGAAGCUGACCAAGGAUCAGGCCAAAGACGCGCUCAAUCGAGCUGUUGCGAUUUUCGACAUGCCGGAGAACCGGCGAAAACUGCAAGAGGCUGCUAGCAGCUGCGGUGGUGACGAUGCCAAAAAGAUGGCAGUAUUGAUGCCUUUGGUGCAAGGAAUGCUCAAGGAUCUUCUGGAGUCUCACGGCUUCACGGGCGAAAAGAUCUUGCAUGCCGUCAUGCAGAUCUCGACCCAUGCGCAAGGAGACAAGAAGAAUCCUUGCUGA